AUGCCGGGCUUCUUGGACAAGGAGCUGGCAUGGCGAAGCUGCUCCCCGCGUUAUCAGUACAUUUUCGUGUUCGACCCGUUGCGCAGAUUCAUCCUGCAGAAGGUAUUUCCCGUGCAAUUCACACUCGGCGUCCUCGGCAAUUCGCUCAUCUUUUGGGUGCUGACCUCCGACGAUGCGGCCAACAUCGCCUCGGAUUUGUUGGCCGCCGUCUCGCUGUGCGACACCAUGUUUCUCUUUAUGAUGGUGCCCCACUCGUUGGCGUCAUUCGAUGGGCUGGCCGGGAUGUAUCAUUUCCGCUUCUUCUACAUCAAGACCAAGCAGCACAUGGCCGCCAUGGCGAAUUGGAUGAGUGCGGCUGCGAUAUGGCUAAUCCUGGCCGUGUCUCUGGAGCGUUUUCUGAUCGUCCGAUCGCCGUUGCGCUCGAAACUCUAUUGGGAGAGGGGGCGGAUGGCGUUGGUGUUGGGCAGCGUCUUCCUCAUCACCGGCGUGUUGACGAUCUACCAUCACUUCGAGUAUGACUGUCAGAUGGUAUCGUUCUGUAAUGGGACCCAGGUGAUGGAUUUCUGCUAUCCGACAACUGAAGCGCAUCCGGCAGAAUUCGGCUCCCGAAUCGAGUACCGCCCUUCGAAGAUGGUCCAGCUCUACAUACGAUCAUCUACGUUUUUUAAUGCGGUGCUGGUGGUUCUUCUCCCCAUGGUCCUGGUGGUGGUCAUCAACAUUUCUCUUCUCCGUGUUCUGCAUAAGAAUGACCAAACCCUGGAGAACGGGCUUCUCACCUCAUCACUAGCACGGACUCAACAGAAGACUCGCCGUCGCGUGACUGCUACCGUUGCCGCAAUCGGAUUGUGCUUUGCCAUCACCCAGGGCCCAUCGGCCGUGAUGGCAAUCUGGGAACUCGUCGCCGGCUUUGACAACGUCGGCCCAUUUUUCUACAAAAUAUCCAGCAUCACGAACAGCCUGGUGGUGAUGGGGAAGAGCCUGAACUUUGUGCUCUUCUGUCUCUCCUCCGAGCAUUUCCGCCAAAAAUGUCUUCGCUCGUUUGCCCGCACAUUUCCUACCCUGUCCCGCUCGGUGUCGCGCUUCUCACGGCAUCGUUCGUCGGCUCGCGGCUCGCUGCAGGGUGGCGGCAGCGUUCAUCUACGGCCGCAGCCUGGGAAAAUCUGGAUAGUGUUGGCGAUCUGCGGCGUGAUCUACGUGAGCAGUUUGUACUUCUUCUCCGAGUUCUUCUACAACGCCUACAGCAAGAAGCGGUCCCCGACGAAGGCUCAAAAGGCAGAG